AUGAGCUCCGAAAAGAUUCUCCCAAAGGAGGGCCAGAGGAACAUUCUCAUUUCAUCUGCCCUACCCUACGUAAAUAACGUGCCACAUCUGGGCAAUAUUGUGGGCAGCGUGCUCAGCGCCGAUGUUUUCGCCAGAUACAACAAAGCCCGCGGCAGACCGACCCUCUUCGUCUGCGGAACGGACGAGUAUGGCACGGCGACCGAAACAAAAGCCCUGGAAGAGGGUGUCACACCAGAAGAACUGUGUGCCAAAUACAACAAAAUCCAUGCCGAGAUCUACGAAUGGUUCGAGGUAGGCUUCGACAUAUUCGGCCGGACGCCUACUCGGCAACAUACCCAGAUUGCGCAAGAGGUGUUUCUACAACUCCACGCCAAUGGCCACUUGACCGAACAUACCAAUAGCCAGCCUUUCUGUGAGAAGCAUGGCAAGUUCCUGGCAGAUCGCUUUGUGGAAGGCACAUGUCCCAAAUGUGGCUACGACGAUGCUCGUGGAGAUCAGUGUGACAAAUGCGGCAGUCUCCUCGAUCCACUUGAUCUGAUCAACCCUCGGUGCAAAGUAGACGGAGCCACGCCUGUGACCAAAGAAACCAAACAUACCUACCUACGUCUAGAUGAACUCCAGCCCAGAAUCGAGGAAUGGGCCAGGCGAUCGAUUGAGCGAGGUGGCUGGUCAAGAAGCGCCAAAGUCAUCACAGAAGCAUGGCUGAAACAAGGGUUGAAGGAACGGGGCAUCACUCGGGAUCUGGCGUGGGGUGUACCUGUCCCCCUGCCCGGCUAUGAGCACAAAGUCUUGUAUGUCUGGUUUGAAGCCUGCAUUGGCUAUCCAUCCAUCACUGCCAACUAUACGGAAGAAUGGGAAAAAUGGUGGAAAAAUCCCGACCACGUCCAGCUGUACCAGUUUAUGGGGAAAGACAAUGUGCCGUUCCACUCUGUCAUUUUUCCUGGGUGUCAGAUGGGUACCGGAGAGAAAUGGACUCAACUACACCACCUGUCCUCCACCGAGUAUCUCAACUACGAGAGUGGCAAAUUCAGCAAAAGCCGUGGUGUCGGGGUGUUUGGGAACAACGCCAAGGAGACCGGUGUGCCUCCGGACGUCUGGAGGUAUUAUUUGCUGAAGAACCGUCCAGAGUCUGGAGACACCCAAUUCGAAUGGCGGCCAUUCAUUGAUGGCAACAACUCGGAACUCCUGGCCAAACUGGGGAACUUUGUGAACAGAAUCAUCAAGUUGGUCAACUCACCCAAGGCUUACUCCGGCGUCAUCCCCGAGUUUGAUCCGUCCAAUCUACCGGCGUCUUUCACCGAGCCGCUGCAUGAGAUCACCGAGCUUACCAAACAAUAUCUUGCCGAAAUGGAGGCCGUGCACCUCCGCAAUGGACUCCUUGUCGCCAUGAAGAUUGCAGAGGCAGGUAAUGGUCUCAUUCAAGCUCAUCGUCUUGACAAUUCCCUGAUCGCAAGCGACCCCACUCUUGCGGCAGCGGUGGUAGGAACGGUGAUCAACCUGAUUUAUCUUUGCUCGGCCAUCUUUGAGCCUUACCUUCCUGCGACAUCUGCGUCGAUACGGAAACAACUGAAUGAGGGCUUUUUGCAGAUUCCGUCCGAGGAAGACAUUGCCAACGGCUGGUUGCCCACCUUCAUCAAGCCAGGCCACAAGGUCGGCAAGGCAGAAUAUCUCUUCAGUCGCAUCGACGAGAAGAAGGCGGAUGAGUGGAGGGAGUAUUUCGGAGGAAGUCAGGCUGAGCGGGAGAAGAAAAGGAAAGAAGAGGCGGACGCUGCGGCGAAGAAGGCCGCUGCGAAGGAGAAGACCAAGGCGAAGAAAGCGGCACAGAAAGCUGCUGCAGCUGCUGGCGGUGAAGGUGUGGAGAAGAGCGCAAAGGGGGGGAAACAGGGCAAGGAGUUGGCAAACGGGGUACCCUCGGUCGGAGAGGAUGCAGCGGUGGAAAAAGUGACGGACGGGGUGGCCCAAGUAACGUUGCCGUCGUCCUAA